CUCCCAAAAAUUGAGAAGAAAUACUUUGAGCAAAUUCCAGGAGAUAGUGAAGGAGAGAGGAGGCUAGUGUGCUGCAGUCCAUGCGGUCGCAGAAUCGGACAGGACUUAGCCACUGAACAACAACAAUUCACUUCUCUGAUGUUUUCAAUGGCUGAUACUGCCCAUCAAAUUUUAAAGUUAUUUCUUGGUCCAACAAUUCACAAAUCAGUUCUUCAAGAAAUGCAUCUCUCCCAGAGGACAUUAAAAGAACACAAGAUUGAACGGCUAUGACCCCAGGGUCUGGGCUGUACAAGAGCAAACACCCUACUUUAAAAAAAAAAAGAAAGGAAAAAAGGCCCUUUCAAACCGACUUUCUAAAGAAAGCGCUUUUCUUUCUAACCCAUAAUCGAUACUUCUGGUUUUACAUGAAAGUCAAGCUUUAAGUCAUUUAUUAGCUCAGUAACCUUUGUUCCACCAAACCUUAACAAUAACAACAAAAAUACUUCAAGGAAAAUUUACCCUUCUUGUUACCUUUUUACAACGAGGCUCAGAUUAUCUUCCAAGAUACAAUCAUACAUACGGUGAUACUCAAUGAAAUUAUCAGUUACACAAACACACAAAAUCCUGAAUCCAGUUUCUCUCUCUUCCUAUUAUCACCAACACACUAAGUCAUACACCCCCGAGUUUUCAUUACUUGCCUCCUGCAGAGCUGGCCUCACCGCCUCCCCUUCUCCUCACUCCCCGAACCACACAGAAAUCAGUUCAGUAGCACAGAAUAACAUCAGCCCCCUUCCCAGCAACAGAAACCCCUUCCCAGCAGCAGAAAUUCCACCCCGUUUCAUGUUCAGGAUUCCUCCGCCUUCAACCUCCCCAAUCGCGUUGCAGAUUCCCGGUACCCCUCCCCUUCGGCCUCCCAGACUAGUUUGGAGUCUCACAAGUUCAGGUCCCACAAUUGCUCUACGCUGAGGAACCCCUAAACCAAACUCACGGCCGAACAAAGGCCAAAACAGCGACCCAGGAAGUCUGCGCACGCCUUGGGCAGUGACACUCCCAGAAGUCUCCGCGGUGCGACCAGGCGCAGGCUAAGACCAAUUUCAAACGGUCCAUCCACCGCUCGCUUUUCCUGCUCCCUAACUACAUUUCCCAGAAGGCUCGGCUGUGCGAUUUCUCCCCGCUUGCGGUCUAGUUCUUUUCUUCCAGAGCCUGUUCAACUCCCGGGGAUAGUAGAAAAGUCCAUUUUUAAACGCUUCACAGUGGGCUUUCUUGGGAGUCACGGCCCGAGGCUGAGCUAGGCUCUGUGAGGCCUCCGGUGGGCGGUUUGAUGAGGGGGAUGCAACCCUUUAGGCGGGGCCGCAGCUGAUCUCUGAUAGAAAUCCGGUUGACCGGUAGCCAUCUUGUCAGCCACAGGGAUGUCUCUGACUACACUUCCCAGAGGACUCCUCGACAAGGACGUGAUUCUCGCGUGAUUCCAGCCUCAAAGUCACGCGCUGGCGGGACCCUCAGGUCCGCACCAGCUAGUGUUACCGUGUUGUGGAAGGUUCAGCUUCUUGGGAAGCUUGGGAGACCUGAGGUGGGGAACCAGAGAAGAGGGCGAGGCCGGAGCUUAGGCCUUGUACCUCUCUCUGAAGAGCUCUGCCUUUUUCCAAAAAAGGAGUCCAGAGAAGAACUGGUCCUUUUCUGCAAAUAUCAAAGCCAUGGCUCAGGAGUCAGUGAUGUUCAGUGAUGUGUCCAUAGACUUCUCUCAGGAGGAGUGGGAAUUCCUGAAUGAUGAUCAGAGAGAUUUAUACAGAGAUGUGAUGUUGGAGAAUUACAGCAACCUGGUUUCAAUGGCAGGACAUUCUAUUUCUAAACCAGAUGUGAUCUCCUUCUUGGAGCAAGGGAAGGAGCCCUGGUUGGUUGACAGAGAACUAACAAGAGACCAGUGGCCAGUCCUGGAGUCAAGAUGUGAGACCAAGAAAUUAUUUCUGAAGAAGGAAAUUUAUGAAAUAGAAUCAGCCCAGUGGGAGAUAAUGGACAGACUUACAAGACACGACCUUCAGUGCUCCAGUUUCAGAGAUGAAUGGGACUGUAAUGGCCAGUUUGAGAAACAACAUGGCUCUCAGGAGGGACAUUUCAGUCAACUGAUAUUCACCCAUGAAGGCAUGCCUACUUUUAGUCAACAUCCAUCCUUUACAUUACAGCAAAUCAUGAAUAAUAGUAAAGAGAAAUACUGUGCAACUAAGGAAUAUAGGAAAACCUUCAGACAUGACUCCCAACUUACCACACAUCAGAUCAUCCAUACUGUUGAGAAACCCUAUGAGUGUAAGGAAUGUGGAAAGGCCUUUAGACAUCCCUCAAGACUCAGUCAUCAUCAGAAAAUUCAUUCUGGCAAGAAACCCUUUGAAUGUAAGGAAUGUGGAAAAACCUUUAUUUGUGGCUCAGACCUUACCCGACAUCACAGAAUUCACACUGGUGAGAAACCCUAUGAAUGUAAAGAGUGCGGGAAGGCCUUCAGCAGUGGCUCCAACUUCGCUCGACAUCAGAGAAUUCACACUGGUGAGAAGCCCUAUGAAUGUAAAGAAUGUGGGAAGGCCUUCAGUAGUGGCUCAAACUUUACUCAACAUCAGAGAAUUCAUACAGGGGAGAAACCCUAUGAGUGUAAGGAAUGUGGGAAUGCCUUUAGUCAAAGCUCGCAACUUAUUAAACAUCAGAGAAUCCACACGGGUGAGAAACCCUACGAAUGUAAGGAAUGUGAAAAGGCUUUUCGUUCUGGCUCAGACCUUACUCGACAUCAGAGAAUUCAUACUGGUGAGAAGCCCUAUGAAUGUAAGAUAUGUGGGAAAGCCUAUUCUCAGAGUUCACAACUUACUAGUCAUCAUAGAAUUCAUACUAGUGAGAAGGCCUAUGAAUACAGGGAAUGUGCAAAGACCUUUAAUUAUGACUCACAGCUGGUUCAACAUCAAAAUUUGUACUGGUGAUAAAACAUAGAAUAUACAAAAUGUGUGCAAAAACUUCUGUUUACAGCUCAAAACUAUUUAACAUCAACUACUCAACAAAAGGGAAUUUAUCUUAAUAUUAAUCCCUCUGAAUAAAAUAAGAGAGAAACAUCUUAUUUGUUGACUACAGCUUGUUCAGCCCAAGAAAAAUCAUGUAGGAGAAAUACUCUAUGAAUAGAAUAUAUUUUGGAAGCCCUUUUAAUAAAACCUCCUACUUCUCAGUCUAGUAAAUAUUCAAAAUGACAAGAGCACUUCGUGCAUCUUUCUAACCUUAUCUGAAACAUCAGAGAAUACAUACAGAAAUGUAAUCCUGUAAUUUUCAUAUUCCCCCCAUUUUUCCUGUAGUUGUUAUAUUCUCAAUCUUUUAAUCCAUUAAAAUUUACAUGACUGUAAAGUCUUAUCUGUUUACAGCAUAGUUUGUAAAAUAUCUUUUAUUUUUAAGAUAUUUUUAAUACCCAAGAGAAAUGACCUCUUUAUUUUUGAAGAUGGCUUACUCUUUUUACUCUUUACAAAACUUAAGACUUUUCUUGUAAAACAUUCAUGAAUAACUUACCACUCAGUAAAUAGAGAUCCUUUACUAUCCUUUCAGUGUUUCCUUGUGUUGCUAUAUCAUUUCAUCAAGUCCCUAUUGAUAGACAUUGUCAUUUCCUCCAGUUUUUGCCAUUAAUACACAGUGUCCUGGUGAGCAUUCUCCCUAGGCAUAUUUUUGUGUUAUGUCUUAUUUUAAUUGCUGAAAUAAUGCAUAAGUAUAUUUUCCCUAUAAUAGAUUGAAACAUUACAAAUAAGACCUUUGACCACUAUCCUUGUUCCCGUAUCGCUUCCUAAAGGAUAGUCUUUAUCUGUUUAGUAUUUAUUCUUCCUGAGCAUUUUUCUGUUUCUAUACAUAUAUUUCUUGGUAAAAUGAUAAAAAUGGGAAUAAUUAUAAUACCUACCUCAGAAUUCUGUGUGAGGAUCAAAUAAAGACACACCAAGUGCUUAGAAUUGUGCCUGUCCUAUAAUACAGACUGUUGUUAAUUGUAUUCAUCAUUAUCACUUUAUUAGUAGUAUUUGUCGAAAAGCAACUGUUUCUACAGACCAUAUUCAACAUCAGACAGGAUAUAUAAUUGAAGAAAGACCCAUUGAGGGUAAUGAAUUAAGAAAUUUUCUAUCAUUUACUUCCUGUGGAACAUGAAUUACUCCAGGGCGUUGGUGCAGAAAGUAACAUGUAUAAUAAGUAGGAAAGGCUGUGUAUUCAGACUGGUAUCCUUUCUACUACAUUAUAAAAUACCUAAUGUAAAGACAGACUAUAAUAUAGACAAACAUUGCUGACACUAGUGAAAAAGUUGAAAAGACAAGCAGCACUGUGUUUGAAAAUAAGAUAUGCAUACACAUAAAGAGAAACUUUACAGUUACCAGUUUUAAAUGUUAUACUGAAUACAGUGCUUCUAAUACAUUUGAAAACCUAAACAAAAUUUUUUACAAAAAUAAAAAUUACCAGUAUUGACACAGAGAAUUAGAACUCUUGGGGAACUCUUAUAAAGAGGUAAAAGGGGAAAUUUAGUGUGAGUUAUAGUAUCUUCCUUGGUGACUCAGUGGUGAAGGAUCUACGUGCAGUGCGAGAGACGAAGGUUCAGCCCCUGGGUUGGGAAGAUCCCUUGGAGAAGGAAAAGGCAACCCACUCUGGUAUCCUUGCCUGGGAAAUCCAUGGACAGAGGAAUCUGGCAGGCUACACUCUGUGGUGUCACAAAGAGUUGGACACGACUGAGCAACUAAACAACAACAGCAUAGCAGCCAUUACUAAUGAAUAAUCAAACCCAGUUUCUUUUCAGGUGCAACUCUUUGUAAAAAAUUGGGGUAUAAAUGACAUCAACAUUACAUUAGUUUCAGGUGUACAACAUAGUGAUCUAAUAUUUGUAUAUAUUGGGAAAAGUGUGUUAGUUGGUCAGACAUGUCCCACUCUUUGCAAUCCCAUGGGCUGUAGGCCUCGGGGCUCCUCUAUCCACAUGAUUGCCCAGGCAAGAAUACUGGAAUGAGUAACUAUUCCCUUUUCCAGGGGAUCUUCCUGACCCAGAGAUCAAACCUUCGUCUCACAAGUUGCAGGCAGAUUCUUUACUGUCUGAGCCACCAGGGAAGCCUGUAUAUUGGAAAAUGAACACCAUAAUAAGUCUAGUUAAUAUCUAUCACCAUCCACACUUACAGAAUGUUUUUUCUUGAGAAGAGGCAAAGCUUGAGCAAGGAGCUAUUUGUUAUAUAGAAGUAGACAUAACACACUUUAACAUAAUCCUAAUGUUAGGAAUGAAUUAGGAGGACACAAGUUAUUUUAUCAUGAUGUAUACAAGCAUACUAAGAAAAAGUAAACUUUUGUCGUUCAGUCUCUAGGUCGUAUCCGACUGCGACCCCAUGGACUGUAGCCCACCAGGCUCCUCUUAUCCAUGGGAUUUCCCAGCCAAGAAUACUGGAGUGGAUUAACAUUUGCUUCUCCAGGGUUCUUCCUGACCAAGGGAUUGAACUCGUGUCUCCUGCAUUGGCAGGCUGAUUCUUUACCACUGGUAUCUAUUAAAUGAAUAACAAGAAUGAGCUUGGGCUGGGACAGUAACUGAAGAGGCUCUGCGGUGUCCAGUUCUAGCUAAGAAGUGCUAUAAGAAAAUGCAGCCCUUGUUUUCCAGCUCCUCUGACUUUUGGGGACAAUCCAGAAAUCUACCUUUUUUUUCAGUGUGUGAUAGCCCUUAAUUUUUUAAAUGGCAGCUGAGGGGUUUUUUAUUUUUGUUUUUUAAAACAUGUGGACCAAAGAAGAUACACUGACUCUCCAAGUAGCAAGUGACUCAGGUUAUUUUUGUUCUGGACAGUGACUGUAAAAGGCUCAUAAGAGGAGUUUUUUAUAGUGCAAAUCUCUUAACCCCAAGGAAAUUGGAGGCGGGGGGGAGGGCAAGGGAAUAGUAAAAUACAAGAUAACUUACCCAUCAUUUCUUAGAUGUGGAAAAUAUUUUAAGAGAUAAAGCUGAUAAGCUCCAGAUAUAAAGAUUUUUUAAGGACUAGAUUCAGUCCCAUAUUUUCUACAUGCAGUUUUUUUAAAUUCUCAGCAUCAUGUCAGUUAAAAAAUAGGAUAUAUUUUAUACAUUGUAAUCCCACUCAUAUAUAUGUAUGUACACACAUACAUAUAUAUACACACACACAAUUUAAAGAGUUAACCUAUUCAGAAGAAAAAUAACCAGGUCACCACUAUUUUGCACUAGCUUAGCAAAUACAUCACUAGAAUUUUGUAUUGUGUUUUAGACUAAGACUCAGCAAACUUCAUGUAAAGGGCCAGAAAGUAAAUAUUUUACCCUUUGUAGGUCAUACUGUUUCUGUUGCAACUACUCACCUCUGCCACUAUAGUGUGGAAGCCUAUUAAAUUUUCUUAAGAAAUUCUGAAGUUUAAAAAAAGUAUCCCAUAAUUUAGCUUUGUUUAGAGCUAGGUUGAAAGCUUUCCCAGUGGCUCAGUGGUAAAGAAUCUGCCUGCAAUGCAGGAGACCAUAGACCAUAAGGUUCAAUCCCUGUGUCAGGAAGAUCCCCCUGGAGGAGGAAAUGGCAACCCACUCCAGUUUCUUGCCUGGGAAAUCCCAUGGACGGAGGAGCCUGAAGGGCAAGUGUCCAACGGAUCCCAAAGAGUCGGACACAACACCCACCCCAAGGUUAGGUUAGUGUUUUGAGAUGAGUCUUUACUGUGCUUCAGUUUUCACGCUCAACAAGCAGCUUCCUACAUUUGGAUGGUACCAUUCUGUGGAAGGAAAAUCCAUGUCCAAAGUUACUACAGGUCUGUCCUUUCAUGCCCCACUCUCUUUUCUUCUUAGGUCUCACGUUAGAGGACAAAACAUUGAGCUACUUUAUUUUUACCAGGCAUGAAGAAGUAAAAUAUUUCAUAAUCAAUUUGAGGUAAAUAGAGUGAGCAACAUACAUGCAGAUGGGAGAAUUAGUAAAGACAAGGCGAUUUUUUUCUAAUGUUUGGCAUUACAGUAAAACGAGAACUGGGGCUUGCUUCUUGGUAGCUCAGUGGUAAAGAAUCUGCCUACCAAGCAGGAGACUCGGGUUUGAUCCCUGGGCGGGGACCAUCCCCUGGAGAAGGAAAUGGCAACCCACUCCAGUAUUCCUGCCUGGGAAAUCCCAUGGACAGAGGAGCCUGGGGCUACAGUCCAAAAGUUAGCCAAGAGUCUGACACAACUAAGUGACUAAACAACAACAAAAAAUGAAAAGUAAGUGAAAUUUUAUAUUCUUUAGCAUGCAUAUUUUAAGUCAUUUAUUAGUUCCUCUUCUAUUAGUAAAAUUACAGAAGUAAUGCGUUUGCACUGAAACCAAUGAAACAAUGCCAAAAAAAAAAAAACCUUAGUAUCUCUGCUUCUCUCCAUUCCUCACUCCCUCUUUCUGUGUCCAUUUCCUUUUGAGUAAUGUCUGCACCUUGUGUAUCUCCCCCGUAUAUUUCUUCAUGCUUAAGCAUUAACACAAAUUAUUUUAGUAUAUUUUUUGCCCAAAAAGCAGAUGAUACUUUAUACAUUUCUCUGUAAUUUUCUUUUUUACAUACAACUGUACAUUUUGGAUUUUCUUUUGAGUCAGUAAAUGAUGACUGAACUUAGUUGUUUUAGUGGUUGGAGUAUAUUCCACACUCUGCUUGUACUGAUACCUAUUCAACUGCAGUAUUUCCCCAGUUGUGAUAUUUUAGAUUGUCUCUUUUCCAUUUAAAAUUAGUGCUGCAAUAAACAGUCAUAUAU